GUUAAUAGUUUAAAUCUCGGCACAAGCUUCACUUUUGUUUGGGGAAAUGUGGUGUUUUUACUGUGUGUUUUUGCGUUUUUAACCUGGUAGGAAUAUUUUAGUGUCUGUAGUUAAAAAUGAGUUCGUCUGGGUCUCUGAGAGAGUUCAUCAGUCAGCGACUAACUGCUGCUGCUGAAGAAAUAUUCACAGAGUUUGAAAAAACCAUCGUCCAGUACGAAGAAGAGAUCGACCGACAGAGAAGACUGCUGGACAUCACCUGGAAACCGGAGAUUAAACUACACAGAACAGACCCCGAAGACCUUAUCUGUAAAGAGGAGGAUGAUGGUCCUGACCAGCAGCUCUUUAACCAGGAAAUAAACUCCAGUCUGGACCAGAAGGAACCAGAACCUCUACAGAUCAAAGAGGAGCUGGAAGAAGAUCAGCUGGUACUGAAGCAGGAGACUGAUAUCGUCAUGGUGACUCAGAAUUCUGAUGAAAGUGACCACAAUGAACCAGAACCAAACAUGGAUCCGGUCCUCUAUCUAAACUCUCUGGUAGCUGACGACCAGGACCAGGACCAGGAAGAAACGAACCACGAGAACUCUGAAUGGAAGGGAUGUGGUAGCGAGAGAAGUGACAGUAAUGAUGUGGAAAACUCCCUCAUGUCAGAGAGUCAUCAUGACUCCGACACAGAAGAACAAUCUCUAAGCUGUGAUAUUUGUGGAGAAUCGUUUCUGGAUGAGAAUCUGAUGAUGAUACAUCAACAGAUCCACACGGACCGUAGGCAGUACCCAUGUAAAAUCUGUCAUAAAAGUUUCACUGGCAAUCAGAAGUUGGUCGUCCACAUGAGAACGCACACAGGAGAGAAGCCCUUUUCUUGUAAAAUAUGCGGUAGUAGUUUCGCCCAACAUCAUCAUUUGACUGAACACAUGAGAAUUCAUACAGGAGAGAAACCGUACUCCUGCAAGAUCUGUCAUAAAACCUUCACCCAAAGAUCCAACCUGGUGUGUCACCACCGGACACACACGGGAGAGAAACCGUUUUCCUGCAACUUUUGUCAUAAAAGCUUCACAAGAAAAAAUCAUUUGACCGAACAUGUGCGUAGUCACACAGGAGAGAAGCCGUAUUCUUGUAUGAUUUGUGGUACUAGUUUCACCCAGCGGCAUCGUUUGUCUGAUCACAUGCGAAUUCACACGGGAGAGAAGCCAUAUUCUUGCAAAAUCUGUCAUAAAACUUUCACACAAAAGUCUAAUUUGCUUGUCCACACCAGAACCCACACAGGAGAGAAGCCAUAUUCAUGCAACAUUUGUCAUAGAAAGUUCUCAGGAAUACAGACACAUACACACACAUAGCCACACAUACAUAUACACACACACACACACAUAGCCACAUAUACACACACACAGACAUAGCCACACAUACAUAUACAUACACACACACACAUAGCCACACAGACAUAUACAUAUACACACACACACAUAGCCACACAUACAUAUACACACACACAUAGCCACACAUACAUAUACACACACACAUAGCCACACAUACAUACACACACACACACAUAGCCAUACACACAUACACACACAUACACAUACACAUACACACACAUAGCCACACAUACAUAUACACACACACAUAGCCACACAUACAUAUACACACAUAGCCACACAUACAUAUACACACAUAGCCACACAUAGCCACACAUACAGACAUAUGGCCUUUCACAAUACAAAGAACGGUUGGUUUUGCGAUAUGUACACAUUAUAUAUAUAAUAUACAUAUACACACACACACGUAUAUAUUGUGGCAGCCUACAUCAGCUGAGCUUAGAGUAUU